CCCGCCCCCGGCUCCCGGAACGCUCUGCGCGCGCCCGUUCGGAGGCGGGGCAGGUUGGCCUAGCCGCCGGGGGCCGCAGGCACCCUCUCGCUCGCCUCCCAACCUCGACAGCUCGGCCAGCGGAACCUCCGCCGGUGGCCGGAUUCCCAGGCCCCGCUAAACAUUUAUCAUUUUGGAGUUUAAAGUAUGUCAUCAUGGCAAAGUUUCGAAGAAGGACUUGCAUCAUUUUGUCACUUUUUAUUCUAUUUAUUUUUUCUGUGAUGAUGGGUUUAAAAAUGUUGAGACCAAAUAAAGGUAUUUUUGGAGCUCCUUUUGGACUUGAUCUUCUUCCAGAAGUUCGUCAACAAAUUCCUCGCUUGGGGAAAAUUUUUGAUUCCGAAUUGAGUGACACAAUCAACAGUGAAACAAAUACCAAGAAUUUAAAAAAUGUUGAAUUUACUGUGAAACUUCCCAAAGCAUCUGAACCUUACCUGGAAGAACUGCCACCUCUGAAUUAUUAUUUACAUGUAUUUUAUUACAGUUGGUAUGGAAAUCCACAAUUUGAUGGUAAAUACAUACAUUGGAACCAUUCAAUGCUGAAGCAUUGGGACCCUAGAAUAAACAAGAAUUAUCCACAAGGGAAACACAAACCUCCUGAUGAUAUUGGCUCCAGCUUUUACCCUGAGUUGGGAACUUACAGCUCUCGGGAUCCUUCUGUCAUCGAAACUCACAUGAAACAAAUAUACUCAGCUUCAAUUGGUGUAUUAGUCCUUUCCUGGUACCCACCUGAUUCACAUGAUGAGAAUGGAGUACCUACUGAUGACUUGGUACCAACUAUUUUGGAUAAAGCUCAUAAAUACAAUCUAAAGGUCGCUUUUCACAUUGAACCAUAUAGCAAUCGAGAUGUUCAAAACAUGUACAGAAAUGUCAAAUACAUUAUAGACAAAUAUGGAAAUCAUCCGGCCUUUUACAGGUACAAGACUAAGACCGGCAAUUCUCUCCCUAUGUUUUAUGUCUAUGAUUCCUAUAUUACAGAGCCUGAACAAUGGGCCAAUCUGUUAACCACCUCAGGGUCUCAGAGCAUUCGCAACUCUCCUUAUGAUGCAUUGUUUAUUGCACUUCUAGUAGAAGACAAGCAUAAAUACGAUAUCCUUCAAAGUGGUUUUAAUGGAAUUUACACGUAUUUUGCCACAAAUGGCUUUACUUAUGGCUCAUCAUAUGAGAAUUGGGCUAAAAUAAAAUUAUUUUGUGAUCACUUCCAACUACUAUUUAUCCCAAGUGUGGGCCCAGGAUACAUAGAUACCAGCAUCCGUCCAUGGAACACUCAAAACACUCGGAACCGAAUCAAUGGGAAGUAUUAUGAAACUGCUCUGAAUUUGGCACUGCAAGCUCACCCUAGUGUAAUUUCUAUCACCUCUUUCAAUGAGUGGCAUGAAGGAACUCAGAUUGAAAAAGCUGUGCCCAAACGAACCAGUAAAAGAGUGUACCUGGAUUACCGGCCUCAUAAACCAAGUCUUUAUCUGGAACUAACUCGCAAGUGGUCUGAAAAAUACAGUAAGGAAAGAUCAACUUACUCAUUAGAGCACCAGCUGCCUGUUUCUUAAUGCACUAUUUAACGUUUAAUAAUUAUAGAAAACACCUAAUUUCAGUAAAUGCCUAUUGUUUUGAGUUACAGAAAGAAAACUGUCAAAAUCAUAUGCAUUGUUACUAUUUUAUAAAAAUAAUUUGUACUUUUUUAAAGGUAGUAAUGUUAUUUAUCAUCACCACCAUUCACAAUGCUGUACUGAGAAAAUGCCUGAGAAAAUUGUGCAAAAACAUUCCCUGUGCCAUCAUCUGCUAAAUUUCUGACUAAAAUUGAAAUCCUGCUUUUAUAGCAGUUUAAUUUUUAUUUUACAAUAGAUAAAUGCUUAUUACAUAAAAUAAUUAGCACACAGUUCUUUCUAUCCUACUGUAUUCUGGGCCCAAAGAAAUAGGAUUAUGUAUUUGUUAAUAUACUUGUUUCAUCUGUAUGUUUUUUCAAUGAUUCAAUAAACUUUAUGGUAUUAGUGUUUAGAUUCUGGAUAACUCUUUAAUAAUAAUUCUUACAAAAAUAAAAUCACAUAUAUUAAACUUUACUGUGAACCAUAUUGCGUUUGGAAGGCCUACUUUCUGCAGCACAAUAUGUAUCAUCAUUUACAGAUUUUUGGUUACCUAGAGCAUGCUAGGUGUUUUGCAUGUGUAAUGUUUCUGCUUUAAAAAGCUGAAUUCUAGAUUUUAGAAGCUAUAGAAAAUUCUUUUACAAAAGUUAAUGAUUGCUUCUCAAAUAAAAAAACAUAGUUCUUUCACAGUUAUUAUAUACUAGAGAUCCGGUGCACGAAUUCAUGCAUCAGUGGGGUCCCUCAACCUGGUCUGCGGGAUUGGGCCAAAAUUGGCUCUCCGACAUCCCCCGAGGGGCCCCAUAUUGCGAGAGGGCGCAGGCCAGGCUGAGGGACGCCACUGGUGCAUGAUCGGGGCUGGACAUGGAAGGUUGGCCAGCUGGGGAGAGACUGCGGGAGGGCUCCAGGACAUGUCCAGCUCGUCUUGCUCAGUCCCAAUUGGCCAGACCCCAGCAGCAAGCUAACCUACUGGUUGGAGUGUCUGCCCCUUGGUGGUCAUUGCACAUCAUAGUGAGAGGUUGAGUGGUCUUAGCAUAUCAUUAGUAUAUUACUCUUUGAUUGGUUGAAUGGAUGACCAGACACUUAGCAUAUUAGGUUUUUAUUAUAUAGGAUAGAUAUAAUGUCCAAAAUGUUAUCAUUUUUAGAGAUAAUGUUUUAGACUUUAACUUCUUAUUCUAUUAUUCAUAUUUUUCAAUUUAAUCAGAAACCAACUGUUAGAUAAGAAAAAAGUUGAUACUACUAUUAGAUUGCCUCCUUUUAUGAUAUUAAGCUACUUUUACCAAAAGUAAUUGAGAACAUUUACUUAGCUUAUUUUAGUUUUUUAGAGACGUUGAAAUGAAAAUUUAUAUCUUAAAUUCAUUCCUGAAGUUUGACAUUUGAUUAAGACUUGAUGGAAAUUAUAUUUUUGUUUCAAAGAUAAUAUUUUAAGUUAUUAUUAAUAGUAUUCCAAUUAUAUGUACUUUUAUGGUUCCUAUCAGGUUAAAUACUUGUGGUCAGUUGUUUAUCAUAUUAUGAUAAAUUAAUCACCUGUAUGCUAAAAAUGAAUUUCCUUACUUUAAAAACUAGAGAAUAAAAUGUAUUAUGUUAUUAUAGUUAAUGUGUAACUAGAACUGUAGUAAAAAGUCUAAUAUAUAUGUUACUACAUGAAUAUUAUUUAUUGAAGAGAAGCAAUAGGGUAUACUAAACAAUAAUGCAUAUAAAUCUUUAAAGUAUAAAGAGAGUCUGAAACAAAUUAGCAGUGUAAUUUAUCAUAAAAUAGCCCAUCAUAGGAUGAAAUUUUAUUUUUAACCAGUGAUUUUGAAGUAAAAGAACAUUUUUAUAACUUAGAAUUUGCCAUUCCUCAAAAAAUGAUCAGGCCACAGGAAAUUAUUACAAUAGUAAUAAUCUACUUUCUAUAGGAAAUCACAAGAAAAAAUCAGUAUAUGAUUGAUAUAACCAAGCAUCUUCAUAGGAAUAAAUACUCAUAGAUAUAACCUGUGGAUUUUUUUUUCUUAUAUCCACUUAGCCACUAUAUAUUAUGGAUAUAAACUCUAAAUAUGUCAUACCUAAUAAUAUUUUAUAACAUACCACAUUUUAUUAAAGAUUGGUUAGAGAAAUAGCUACUACAGAGGAAUUUUUGUCAUUGCUUAUAUUGUGUAUUUGAAUUCAUUAUGGUAGGAAAUUAAUUUUACAAAAUAGUUCUAAGAUUAAGGGAGAUUGUAUAAACAUGUUCAGUAUAUCCUCAACACAGAUAGCACCACUUCCUAUCCUGCUCGUAGGGCCAAAAUAGAUAACCUACUACAGCACAGUUUAACUCUGACCUUCAGUGUGGUUCCCAACACAUUACCCCACUAGCCAGUAAUAAGCAGUCAGAUUUCAAUGUAAGAUAAGACAGAUUCUGACUUCAUUAUGAAUGUUUGGAAUGUGAUCACAUAGUGGUUUAAUACUUUAUAAUUAUACUAGAGGCCUGGUGCACAACAUUCGUGCACUGGGGGGGGGGGGUUUCCUCUGCAUGGCCUGUGCCCUUUAGCAGUCCGGGAGCCCUUGGGGGAUGUCUGACUGACGGCUUAGGCCCUGGGGGAGCGGGCCUAAGCCAUCGGACAUGCUUAGCACUGCCAUGGAGGCAGGAGAGGCUCCCGCCACAGCCCCUGCGCUCACCACUGUCAGCCUGGCUUGUGGCUGAGAGGCGCUCCCCUUGUGGGAGUGCACCAACCACCAGGGGGCAGCUCCUGCAUUAAGCAUCUGCCCCCGGUGGUCAGUGCACAUCAUAGCCAUGGUUGUUCAGCUGUUUGGCCAAUUUGCAUAUUACCCUUUUAUUAUACAGGAUGAAUAUAUUUUUCUCCUUUUUUAAAUAAAAGUUAUUAGGAGGAAUUAUCUGAUAGUUUUGUUAUUAUUAGGGAGGAAUGCUUUCAAACUCUCAGGUAUUCAUUACAGCUGCCUUUACCAUUUGACUAGUAACAAACAGUUUAGCUCACAAGUAAAUAAGAGCAAAUAAUGAUUUCCUAAUUUUAAAACUAUAGGUUUUAAUUCAAUAAACUAAAAUAACCAUUAAAAGAAAAAGCAGCGUAAUAUAUGCAAUGCAUGAAUUCCACUGAAUUAUUUUAUGUUAUAAUCCGAUUGUUUUGACUGUAGAAACCAAAUAUUUCUUUCAUUGCUCCCCUUAAGGACCAGUAUUGUUAAAACUGUUAUUAUUGUUUAUAUAAGUUGCAUGUUAACAUUUUUUUGUUUAAAGAGUAUGUAAUUAAAAGAUGACUAUUUUGUUAUAUGGAGUAGUUAAUUUUCAUCUAAUAAAAGCAUACAUGAAAUAUGUUA